AUGAAACCUCGUUCAAAAGUUGGCGCGUACGAGCGCGUGCGGUGUACUCAUCGCGGCGCGUUCAGUUAUCAACUGCAGGUGAGCAGCGGCAGGUACGGCCGAUGCGAGAGGCUGGGCGCGUUUGGCGCCGAAUGCGAGCGUCAGCACACGGCCGACUUGGGACCCGCGGGCGCGCCGUCGACACUCGACAGUCGUCGC